GCCUGCUUGCCAUGGCCAUCCGCGACACGAAGGCGUGGCGGGUCCUUGCUGGUCUCGCGCUGCUGGCGCUGGCACUGGCUUGGAGCCCUCGCCGAGCCUUCGUCGGAACGUUUGGCGUUCGGCCUGAGGCGCCCCGGGCCGUGCGGCGAGCGGAGCCCGAGGAGGUCGAUGUUGAAGUCGAAGAGGACGAUGAGGAAGAUUUUUUGGACGAUGAUGAUGACGAGGAAGAUUUGGGGCCGGUGAAGUCCAACUACAACUUCGACGAGGAACCGCCGCGCGCAUGGUAUCAGCGCCGCCACAUCGACCGGCACAAGGUGAACAUGAAGUUCUUCGACAUGUUCAAGAAGCCGGUAGACUUCUUCCCGCACAAGCUACAGGCCGGUGACGUGGUGCGCGUCUACUACCUGGAGGCCAAGCCAGGCUCUGGAGACAAGGAGGUCCGGGGCCUUAAGCUCUCCAAGGAUCAGCUGCGAGAGACCUACUUUGACGGGACCAUCAUCAACUUUCGGGGCGACUAUCAUGCACGCACCAUGACGGUCCGCGCCAUGAUUGGAAAGGGCCUGUCCUCGGUGGGCUACGAGUUUCAGUUCCCCAUGCACUCCCCGCUGAUUACUCGCAUCCAGGUGAUGCGGCGAGGUUUCAUCGGCCGCAACAAGAACGCCUACUUUUUGCGUGGCAUGGUCGGCAAGCGCAAUAUCAUCCCCGUCGACAAGGAGCGCACAGAGAUGGACAAGAGGUAUUCUGACCUCCGGCUUGACGGCCGUGAGGAUGAGAUCCCCGACCCCACGUAUCCGCAGAAUGAGUGGGACACCUAUCCACUUCCUGUGUGGAAGCAAGACAUGCCGGAUUGGAACGAGGACGACUACGACCCAGCUAACGUGGACCAGCGUAGCGAGUACGAAACUCGUGUCAUCGCAAAGUACAAAAUGAGGCCUUCCCGUACCGGCAAGUACGGCACGUGA